GUGAUGGCGGUUUAUCUGUUUGUGGCCGUCUUUCUGGCGACUGUCUAUUUGGCUCAGUAUAGAAGUUCACCGAAGCUACCCUCAAGUCUUCCAAGACUAGAGCGCAACUCAUAUCUGCCUUUCAAAUUGCCGUGGACAUAUCUUACUGACUGCCGACAGCUUUUUCUCGAAGCAUAUCAAACAUUCACCAAACAUGGCAAAACUUGCGUGUUGCCUAGUAUGGGCUUCAAAGAUGAAAUUCAUCUAGCGCAUCAUCACACUCAAUGGGCAGCUUCACAGCCAGACGCUGUGCUCAGCCCAAUUGAAGGAUUUCGCGAAAUCGACAAGGGAGACUGGAAUUCUGGACACGCCAAUUAUAUCCAAGAUCCGUGGCAGAGUAUCGUCAUCAAGAAAGAGAUGGGCCGUUUUCUUGAGAUAUUAGCUGCUGCCGUUGAUGAUGAGCUUCAGUAUGCUAUUCCUGAGUAUAUUAAACCUGGGGCUGGCGAUGAAGUUGAUGUUUAUGAGGCAAUGAAAUGGAUAGUGGCUCAAGUUUCGAGUCGGUUCACUGUUGGCCUUCCUCUUUGCCGCGAUAAGGAGUAUCUGAAAGAUUCGCUCGCCUUUGCAGACUUGUUCAUAUUAAACUCUGGGCUGCUGAUUUAUACCCCAUCGCUUCUCAAGCCGCUGAUUGGGCUUCUUGUUACUUUACCAACACGGUACCGACGAUGGAAGAUUCAAAAGCAUAUCCAGCCUCUUUAUGAAGAGAGAACGAAACGGCUUUUGAAUCCUGGGCUCUAUGAGAAGGGCGAAGAACCAACCGACAAUCUGCAGAUGAUGAUGCGAUAUGCCAUCAGCAAGCAUGGUAAACAAGUAGCACCGUCUCAAAUCUCCGAUCGGCUUUGUCUUGCAAAUCUUGCCUCGUUCCAUCAGACUGCGGUUGCUAUCAGUAAUGUUUUAAUCAACAUCGCAGCCUCAGAUGCCGAGUUCAGCACGAUUGCAGUCAUACGAAAGGAGAUGGCAGACGUCCUUGCAGAGAGCAACGGUGUCUUUGACAAAGCAUCGGUUUCCAAGAUGAUUCAAACAGAUAGUAUUCUCAGAGAGUCGAUGCGAACACAUGGAUUUGGAAACAGAGCUAUGAUUCGUAAGGUUGUUGCGCUAGGUGGUCUGAAGACUCCAGAUGGCCAUACUCUUCCCAAUGGCUCAACCAUGUCAAUCCUCUCGUAUCCCGUUCAUCAGGAUCCUGAUAUAUACGAACAACCUGAGAAGUUCUAUCCUUUUAGGUUCUCAAAAGUGAGGACAGGUCCCGAUGGCAAAGACGCUAACCCGACGCUGUCAUUUGUAUCUACCUCUUCAACCUAUCUUCCCUUUGGACACGGCAAGCACGCUUGUCCAGGACGGUUUUUGGUGGAUUUUGAGAUGAAGAUGAUUUUGUACCAUGUUUUGAACCGUUUUGAUAUUGAGCUGCUUCCUGAGCACAAUGGAGUUCGGCCGGAGAGUCAGUGGAUUACAGAAGCUGUUAUGCCGCCUGUUGGUGUCAAGCUACGAUUUAAGAAGAGAGAA